AUACCGUACCGGUCGUAUUUCGGUACAAAGAGAGCUCGUUCUUUGCACCUCUAUCUCGAGUAACUGGUGACUUCGCGACACGUGGGUAAUGACCGACUGUUAUCAUUGGAGCCACACUGUGUUAAAGGUUGACAAGAUGUGCGGUUACAAGCGUACCUAAACCGCCAGGUCGAGUCUGGACCUCAUCGAUCGUCUGUAAAUUUGUAAUUACUUUCAUCUGCCCGUGAAGCGAGCGUAAUUCCUGUGUAACUGAUCGACAUUCUGUGAAGAUGUCUUACUAUAAUUGGCAAGGCAUGUUCGAUUGGGCAUAUGGUGGAGUAGACCCCAAAUUUGUUGGCUUUGGGGGUCCGGAUUGUGCCAAUUUUUUGGGAAUUUAUCAACGUCUGAUCGAAACAGUAAUAGUCACAUCAAUAGCCAUGGUUGAAAUGUACUAUUCAUGGAUACAUCUAACGAUCCCAGAAGUUCCAAAAAAUGAUCAAAGUGACCGCGUUGUUGGAAAACGGAUUUUACUAGUUAUCAUAUGCCUAACUUUUGGUGUGGAAAUUGGUUUUAAAUUUGCCUCCAGGACCGUGAUAUUCCUUCUGAAUCCUUGUCAUGUUUUAACGGCAAUACAGAUUUAUUUACUGGCAGCUCCACCAAGUAAAACAGUAUUAGUGCUCUUCAGAUUACAUUUACAUUUUUUAAAUGGUGCAUUAUUAGCACUUGUAUUUCCUGUUGUCAAUACAAGAUUGAUGCCUUUUGAAACAGAAGUCUAUUGGUUUCAACAUAUUUUGAUAUAUUUUAUAAUUCCACCAUACCUCAUGAGAUGUGGAGGUGUGUACUAUCCAGAACCUCUCAGCAAUAUAUCAUGGGUUAGCUGGUCAUGUAGCAUUAAUAUUGCAUAUCACUACAAUUUGUUGCAAGUUCUUGGUUUG